UCGUAAUGGCAGAUAAAAAAGUUACCAUUUAUAUUGUCGAUGUUGGACCUACCAUGUGGCAAGUUGAGCAUAAACCUGACGUCACGGGGCUAGAUCUUGCACGUAAAGCUGUUUUGAUAAUGUUAGAAGCGAAGGUAAUAACUGGACUGAAAACCGAUUUAACUAGUCUCCUUCUUUUUGGAACAGACGAAACACAUAAUUAUAUGAACGAUCAGACUGGUGGCUAUGAACAUGUAACUACACUUUAUCCGAUUGAACAACCCAAUAUGUCAAUCCUUCGAACAGUCAAUAACGAGCUGCCUCGCGGAAACGUUAAAGGAGAUGCUUUCGACGCUCUUAUUGUCGCCCUGGGCAUGAUUGACUUACAUUGCAGAAAACUCAAGUUCACGAAAAGGAUUUAUCUUUUAACCGAUGGAGAGUCACCGAUAAACAGUUCUGAUCUUGAUGCAGUUUUGCAUCAAAUAAAUGAUUCAAAUGUUGAAUUAAAUAUAUUGGGUAUUGGUUUUGAUGAUCCUGAAGCAGGAUUUUUUGAAGAAAAUAAGUCAGAAGUGAAGCGACAAAGCGAAUCUUUUUUCAACAAAAUUGUAAGCAAAUGUCAGAAAGCAACAAUCUUUUCGAUGGAAGAAACAUUAAAACAACUUUCAAAGCCGCAUAUCAGAACAGUGAGGCCCGUUCCUAUCUUUAAAGGUGCAUUGACUCUUAAUGAUGCCAAAGUGUCCUCUCAAACAUCUCUUACAAUAAAUGUUGAGAUGUAUUCACGUACAACAAAAGUACGACCUCCUACAUCAACAAAAUAUUCAGCCCUUUCUGAGACUACCAGCACUUCCAACAAAACGUCUGAAGUAAAUAUGUCUAGAACUUAUACUAUAUCGGUUGUUGAUAAUGACAAGAAUGAGGCAGUUGAUGUUCCACGUGAAGAUUUGAAUAAGGCAUAUUCGUUAGGAAAGACGCUUAUUCCUGUUAACGAGGCAGAUGAAGAAGUCUUUACCAUGGUUACGAAUAAAUCAAUGGAAAUUGUUGGAUUCGUCAAAAACAAUGAGUUUAAACGCGAAUACUUAAUGUCGACAGUUGCCGUAGUCGUUCCUCAGACCAAUAAUCUGACAAUGGCUCAGCGUCUUUCGGCACUAAUUCAUGCAUUAUACGAAAAGGACUCUUUCGCAAUAGUUCGCUAUGUGAAAAAGAAUAACGACCCACCAAAAUUAGGAAUAUUAAUUCCUUAUAUUCGUGCGCCGAGAGAAUGUUUAUAUUUUUGUCGUAUUCCAUUUAAAGAAGAUUGUCAUCAUUUUGCCUUUCCUUCUUUUGAUCGCGUUAUAAGUAAAAGUGGUAAAGAAUUGACAAAUCACAAUUAUUUACCAAACGAUGAGAUGCUUGAAAAAAUGGACCAUUUCAUUGACGGAAUGGAUCUCAUGAGUGCUGCGAAAGAUGAAGAAGGCAAUAUGAAAGAAUAUCUCAAAGUUAAAGAAUGUUUCAAUCCGGUUAUUGUUCAAACCAAGAAGGCAACUUGUCACAGAGCAUUAUAUCCGAACGAUCAGUUACUUCAGCCUGACCAAGAAAUGGUUGCACAAACACAGUUUCUUCCGUCACUGAUUCAAAAGAAUUUAUAUCUAGCAAACGAUAUGCGGACAUUAUUUAACAUUAAAAAAGUUAACAAAGAGAGAGGAAAAACUGGGAAACGCCGAUUUGCCGAUGCCAACAAACCUAGUAGCCAAGAACUUAGUCUUGAGGAAAUUUUGAACAAACCAGAAGAGCAUAAAAAUGGGAAAAGGGCUAAAUCUGAUGAUGGGGUUACUACAGAUGCGUUAAUCCAACAUGAAGCUAUUCGAGAGGUCGGCACCAUCGAUCCAAUAUCGAAUUUCCAGGCAAUGAUUGCAAAUCGACAAGAAGAUUUAGUUUCAACUGCUGUGGAACAGAUGUCCGUGACAAUAUUGCAUUUUGUCAAAACAUCGUUUGCUGAAGGAUUAUAUCCAAAGGCAUUAGAUUGUCUUAAGAUUCUACGACAGGCGUGUAAGAAGGAAAAUGAAACAUCGAGGUUCAACGAUUUCUUCAAAAAAUUGAAGACUACAUGUUUCAUGACACAACCCUCUAAGACUGAUUUUUGGGAUUUGAUUAUUCGUGAGAAAAUAACUUUAAUUAGUCGAGAUGAAGCACCGGAUAGUACUACGUCAAUUCAGGAAGCUGAAGAGAAAUCGAAUACUGAUACAUUGGAUGAAGAUACAGUGGCUACCGAUGAUUUGUUUAAACUGAUGGAAGACUAG